ACCCACAGAGUGAGAGAAACAACACACAUUCAACAAACUCACGAGGUUCGUACGAAGAGCCCCUACUACAAAUCGUCGCGAGAACAUUGCCCAAGCGUGGACGUUCUCAGUUAUGGCGGCCGCCCCGUAGGCCCUCGCCGGAGCCUCACAGGGCGGCUCCCGAAGGAUGAUCAGCGUGUCGGGGCUGCACCGAAUUCCGAGGAUCGUGACGCGGAUAUGGACAAUAACGGUCGCGGCGACCCUCCUGUGUUCACAUUUGUCGUCUGCUGAUACUGAAGCGAAGACGGAGCCACCGGACCGGGAGCGCUGGGAGUCAGUAGAGAAAUAUUUGGAUCAGUACGGCUACCUAUCUUCAUCUCCUCAAGGGGUGGCAUAUCUGAGGACAGAAGACAAGUGGAAGGAAGCAGUUCGGAGUAUGCAGAGGUUCGGUGGCUUGCCUCCCACAGGCAAUGUUGACGAGCGCACCCUCGCUCUUUUAAGACGCCCCCGUUGCGGCAUGCCGGACUUGUCGCCUGGGGAGAGAGUGCGACGUUACGCAAUACAAGGACAGCAAUGGAAUAAAAAGGAUCUCACUUGGAGCAUCAACUUUUACCCACCGAGCUUAGAGAAACAUCUAGUGCGGUCAGAAGUAACCAAGGCCUUUAAGGUUUGGAGUGAUGUCUCGCAACUGAACUUCAGAGAGGUGAGCAGUAACAGUCACGUGGCCGCCGAUAUCAUUGUUUCAUUUGAACACGGACAACAUGGCGAUGGGUAUGCGUUCGAUGGCAAGGGCGUUGUAUUAGCCCACGCUUUCUUUCCAGGGGAGGGAAUUGGAGGUGAUGCACACUUCGAUGCAGACGAACCAUGGGUUGAUGGUCAGCCACCUCCUGGGAUAGACGGCGUACGUCUGUUCGCAGUGGCAGCGCAUGAGUUUGGACAUUCCCUUGGAUUGUCUCAUUCUUCUGUGGAUGGUGCACUGAUGAAUCCUUUCUACCAGACCAUCCAGGAAAACUUUCAGCUUCCUCAUGAUGAUACAAUUGGAAUUCAGAUGCUUUACGGUGCUCGGAAUCCAACGCGGUGGGUACCGCUUUCUCCAUACAUUCCUCCUUCUACAAGAGCGCCGGUGACAACCCCUCGCAGGCCUUCGAAGCCAGGUCCUGAUGUUCCAAAGAGGCCUGCAACACAUCCUCCGCCUCAUAGUCCGCCCCAUCAUCAUCCGAAGAAGCCUCGAACUUGUAACACAACGUUUGAUGCCAUAUCUGUGAUCCGAAGAGAACUUUUUAUCUUCAAAGGAAAGUAUUUUUGGAGGUUAAACAGCCAAGGGCUUAUGAAAAAUUACCCUGUUGAGAUUCGUCGCUUCUGGUAUGACAGCGAUUUAGAAACAGUCGAUGCAGUUUACGAGCGGCCGAUAGACACAAAAAUAGUCUUUUUCUCAGGACAACAAUACUGGCUUUUCAAUGGGAACAGCAAAGCGCCAGGUUAUCCUCGUCCACUUACAGAUCUCGGCCUCCCACCGGACUUGAAGCGGAUCGAUGCAGCCAUGGUAUGGGGAUACAAUGGCAAGACGUAUCUCUUUGCUGGAACUGAAUAUUGGAGAUACGAUGAGGCGGAAGGUCGAGUGGAGCUUGAUUACCCUCGGGACAUGAGCAUGUGGAGAGGGGUGCCUUAUCACAUAGAUGCUGCCUUUCAACACACCGAUGGCCACACUUAUUUUUUCAAAGGAAGAAAGUUUUGGCAAUUCAACGAUAAUUUGAUGUCUGUAAAGAAGAUUAAAUUAAGCAAUAUAAAUCAAUAUUGGUUUGGAUGUCCAAGUCGUAAUGAGCAAGCACCAGACGAAGAUGAUGACGAAGAAGAACUAGACGUGGAUUUAACAAGCAAGUCUAAUGUUGUGUGUGUGCUUUCAAAUUCGUUCCUCUUUAUGUCCUUCGCCGUGACGUUUCUUUUUUAUAGGACGAGACUAAUUCUGACUUUAUAAAGCAACAAUUGAAUAGGAAUGCUCUGAAAGUGAAAGUAGUGAUAAAUUUGCAAAGUAUUUACUUAUUUAUUAUUCUGAUUUUUGUAUCAGUUCAGUGCAAGAAAACUGAUAGAAAAUCAAGAUUGUGUACAUUAAGAUUGGCCAUCAAGUGAUGGGAAUUUUUUAAUUAUUUUUAUAGACAUCUACAAUUUCUUUUCUUUACUCUUUUCUUUUAAAAAUAAAAAUAUUUUCUUUUAAGUAAUAAAAAUUUUUCCAUUGUAUUGUUACUAUUAUGUAACGAAUUAACAAAUGUAAAAAAAACUUUGCUUCGCUAAACCCAUCAAAAUUUAUUUAAUUUUGAUCUCAUUGUUCAAGUUUGUAUUUUGCAGAAGCAAGAAUUAUAGAAUAUUAUGUAAAAAAUAAAACCAAAAUACUAUGUUU